UUGGUGGGAGGCGGCAGACUCGACCUCUUCCCCGCCAACGGCCAUGGCUUCCCUUCCCAGCUUAGACUUCUGCCCCUCUACCUCCGUCUCCGGCGCCGGCGCUACCCGCCACCAGCAACAGCAUCAUCAGCAGCGGCUCGUCUUUCCGGUACGCAUCUCGAGAAGAUCGGCGAUUUUGAUCUCCUCCUCCCUCCCCUUCACGCUGACGUCGCUGCCUCCGCCGUCGGAGGCGAGGGAGAGGCGCAACAAGAAGAACAUCCCCCUCGAGGAAUAUUCCACUGGCCCUGACGGCCUAAAGUACUAUGACAUUGUCGAGGGAAAGGGCCCGGUGGCCGAAAACGGCAUGAAUGUCCAGGUCCAUUUUGACUGCUUAUACCGUGGCAUCACAGCAAUUUCGAGUCGAGAGUCUAAGCUCUUAGCAGGGAAUCGCAUAAUCGCGCAGCCAUAUGAGUUCAAGGUGGGAGCUACUCCUGGAAAAGAACGGAAGCGUGAAUUUGUAGACAAUCCGAAUGGUUUGUUUUCGGCGCAGGCUGCCCCGAAACCGCCUCCUGCUAUGUACAAAAUAACCGAAGGGAUGAAAGUGGGCGGGAAGAGAACUGUCAUUGUUCCUCCAGAGGCUGGCUAUGGCUCGAAGGGAAUGAACGAGAUACCUCCGGGGGCCACCUUCGAGCUGAAUAUUGAGCUCCUGCAAGUGGAACCAUCCGAAGAAAAAUGGUCGAGUUAAAUAUAGAACGUAGAAAUAGACCGCACCAAGCCGACAUUCAGAACCGUUUUGGUUUCCUGUUUUCUUCUGUAAAAUGAAAUGUAAGCCGAGCCAUUCUUUGUUUAUCAAGUUAGCAAUUGUUACAUCGAUAUCGAUUUCUUAUUAUUCCAUCGAUUGUAAUCUCUCAUUACGUAUAAUGUAUGGCUAUGGUGAGUGCAUUGAAAUCGAA